GCGUGGUGGAAAGGGAGAUUGUCCAUGCAAUAGAGGUGAUCCCAGGUAGUAAGGUGCCUAGAGGACGAAUCUAUAGGAUAUCUCCUGCGGAGUUAGAUGAGCUUCGCCACCAGCUCAAGGAGCUCACAGAGAAGGGAUGGAUACAGCCUAGUACCUCCCCUUACGGUGCGCCAGUCUUAUUUGUUCCUAAGAAGGGAGGUCCAUUAAGGAUGUGCAUUGACUAUAGGGGCCUCAAUGCCAUCACCGUUAAGAACGCGAAGCCCCUACGCCGCAUUGACGACCUCUUGGAUAGAGUGCAGGGAUGUCGGUACUUCACAAAGAUAGAUCUGAAGUCCGGAUACCAUCAAAUUGCCGUUAGGUCGGAGGACCAACACAAAACCGCAUUUCAGACCAGGUACGGUCUGUACGAGUUUGUGGUGAUGCCUCUUGGCCUAUGCAAUGCACCUGAUACAUUCCAACACGCGAUGAAUAGGAUCUUUCAUGAUUACUUGGACAAGUUUAUCGUCGUGUACCUCGAUGAUAUUCUCAUCUUCAGUAGGACUGUAGAGGAGCACGCUGAGCACUUAAAAAUAGUGCUAGGUCUCCUAAGACAGCACCAGUACAAGGUAAACUUGGAUAAAUGUGAGUUUGGUCGCACCAAGAUCAUGUACUUGGGUCAUGAAAUCUCAGCAGAUGGAUUGAGGCCGGAAGAUGCAAAAGUGGCCAGCAUACGUGACUGGCCCAGACCUCAAACUGUUACUGAGGUCAGAUCGUUUUUGGGGAUGACGGGCUACUAUCGUCCGUUUGUGAAAAACUAUAGUACUAUAGCUUCCUCAUUGACAGAUCUAACUCGACUUGACACCCCUUGGGAGUGGACUGAGGAGUGUGAAGCAAGCUUCAAGAAAUUGAAGUAUGCUCUGACACACUACGAAGUUCUCAAACUUACUGAUCCUGACAAGCCGUUUGUUGUGACCACAGACGCUAGCCAAUAUGGCAUAGGCGCGGUCCUUGCGCAACAGAAAGGGCCCAAGUUGAGACCGAUCGAGUAUAUGAGCAAGAAGAUGCCAUCUCAGAAGUUGGCUAAGUCCACUUACGAAAGAGAGCUCUACGCCCUGUACCGAGCGCUACAUGGAGGACUUCCAGAUCAGCCUGAUUUCUCGCAGAAAAGAGUCGUGCAACCUUUUGCGAGUCACGUACGGCAACCGUUUGCAAGUCAUGGAGACAAUUCCACACCCCCAUCAGUUGCAGCAACUCCAGUCCUGAAUGGUCAAGAUAGAAGCCGUCGCCAAAUCAGUCGCAGGGCCAAAGAGACGACGGUGACGAGACAUUGGAGAUGAACCGAGUCCGAGCCCUGGUUCGAAGUUUCAAACCAUGGUUUGUGAAAAAGCCCUGCAUAUUAUACAACUUCACAGUUGUUUGAAAGAGGGUUGGAUUUUGACAUUUCAUUUAUUUAGAGCACUUUAAGUAGAAUUCCACAGCCGAUCCACGGUCAUGCAGCCCAUGUGCGGCAAGCUUAUCAGCCAUGUCAAAGAACUGAAAUUAUGUGUAAUUGUCAGAAUCAGCAGGGUGCACCACCAGGCAACCACAUUCUGACACAAGGGCCUCUGACUGGCAGCGUCAGAAGUUCCUUAGCGAUUCGCCCUGUCCCUCAGAAAUUCCUUGUUUGCAGUUAAAAAUUGUUUGCAAUGACAGGGUGAGAGAGAGGAUGAUGCUGGCAGCUGUAGGCUUCAGGUUGAGUGACCCUCCUCCUGCAGGUUGACGGACUGACCGACCCUUUUGCGGUGGGUGCGGAUGAGGUCAGACGCCCUAAGGAUGCAGUGCGUCGAGCACACGCGCAGCAGCAGAUUCUGACAGGCCAUCGACUGCUCGAAGUUCCUAUUGCCACUCGUCUCUGGGGGUCCAGCAGUCAGUCAGAGAUUCUUUGCACGAGCAAUCACGGAGAGAGCUGACAAUCAAGAUAUUUCUUGAGCAGAUGGGCAGGCAAGCCAUUAAUGAAUCCAAUCGCCUUAC